CACAGUCCAUGCAGCAGGCUGUGUACGCUCUCUGCCAUAAGUCUACUUCUAAUGGCUCCAGACAAUACGUACCUCUAAAGACCUCCUAUUCCCCACUCAGCAUGAGUGGUCGGAGAUGCGGAAGUGCAAUAAGCCAGUAGUUGCACAGCAUCAGACAGAGAGAGGGAGAGAGAGAGAGAGAGAGAGAGAGAGUGAGAGAGUGAGAGAGAGAGAGAAGCAGCUGGUGAGUGCUGCCUGAGCAUCAUUUGCCCAGGACAGUACUAACACAUAUCCAUGUAGCUGCAGUGAAGCCUAAGGUUGGUUUGUUAACAGAAUACUAAAAUAAGGCGGUAGCAGCAGCAGCAGCAGCAGCAGCACCAACAGCAAGAGAAGCAGCAGAAGAGGCAACAUACUUCAGAAUGAGAAUGGACACUUCUGAAAGGCAGGAGGCUGCUCUUAAUGUGCUUCUGUGUGUAUGUGAGGCACCUGGUAUCAGCCUCUUUGGGAUUUGGGAACAUUCAGCCUAAACUCAGGUUCCCUUAUAUCCUGUUCUGAAUCAUUCAAGCCAAACAUCAGCCAUCUCCUGUGGAGGAUGCCUAAUAGUGAUUGAAAACCCUGGUCCUCUUUUAUGGUUUGAGAGGCAGAGGCGCACAAGUCAUUUCAUUAACACAGCAAAGGAGACUACUGAUUUUAUACUUGCUAUUCUUAAAGCGACAUUUCAUCUUAAAAGGUGCUUUUACUGUCUGGUCAUUGCAGGCUGAAGAAGCAGUCCUGAAGAUUGAUGGAGGGCCAUGCUAUUCAAACAGCAGGCGUUGCUGAGACAGAAGCUCUUUUUGCUGGGCAGCCUUGCUGUUGGAAGUCUCUUAUACAUAGUUGCCCGAGUUGGGAACUUGGAUAGACUCCAGCCCGCAUGUCCCUUAGAAGGUCAGUUUGGGGACCAAGACCAAAUCAUGCUUCGUGCUCUUCAGUACAAGCGAGGCCUGACAUAUGACUUGCACAGUGGUAACACGACAAAGGAGCAAAUCAGACUGCAUAACAUGGUGCAACAGCUUCCACAGGCCAUCAUUAUUGGUGUCCGCAAGGGUGGAACUCGUGCACUACUGGAGAUGCUCAACUUGCACCCGGCAGUGGUCAAAGCAUCACAAGAAAUCCAUUUUUUUGACAAUGAUGGAAACUAUGCUAAAGGUAUUGAAUGGUACAGGAAGAAAAUGCCCUUUUCCUACCCUUACCAGAUUACCAUUGAGAAAAGCCCAGCGUACUUCAUCACUGAGGAAGUCCCCGAAAGGAUCUACAAGAUGAACUCCUCCAUCAAACUGCUGAUCAUCGUGCGAGAACCAACAACUCGGGCCAUUUCAGAUUACACACAGGUGCUGGAGGGGAAGGAAAGAAAGAAUAAGACGUACUACAAAUUUGAAAAGCUUGCGAUCGACCCCAGUACCUGUGAGGUGAACACAAAAUACAAGGCUGUGAGAACUAGUAUAUAUACGAAACACCUGGAGAGGUGGCUCAAGUUCUUCCCCAUUGAACAGUUUCACAUUGUGGAUGGCGAUCGCCUCAUAACUGAGCCAUUACCUGAACUCCAAUUGGUGGAGAAUUUUCUGAAUCUAACGCCCCGGAUAAGCCAGUACAACUUGUACUUUAAUGCCACGAGAGGCUUCUAUUGCCUACGCUUCAACAUUGUAUUUAAUAAGUGUCUGGCAGGCAGCAAGGGACGGAUACACCCAGAAGUGGACUCUUUGGUCGUCAAUAAACUGCACAAGUUUUUUCAUCCAUUCAAUCAGAAGUUUUAUCAGAUUACUGGAAGGGCAUUUAGUUGGCCAUGACUAUGAGUCUUGCAACACUGGGUGUUGAUGUAAGGCAAAUACGGUAACAGUAGUCCAACUUUCUGAAAAAAUAGGGUGAUGUGCAGCUGACGAUAUAAGAAUUUGUUAUCAAGAAGACACAUGGAGAAAAUGGUGUUUAGGAUUUUAUAUUUUCUUCCAUUUGACCAUUUUGCUAAUAGGUCAAUGUGAGUGUAAAGCGGAGAUCACUGUUUUAUAAUCAUAACAUACUUUUUUUCUUAUAAAUGUGGCAAAGGGGAAAAAUUGAUUAUUAGGUUUAUUUUUUGAAAUCUCUUGCUAAUUUGAACAGGCAGUAAUAAAUAGAUAACGGCCUACUUUGAACACAGAUACCACUGUCUUUUAAUCUGCACGUGUUUUGUUUGUCACUCUGUCUGAUUUGAGAGAAGGCAGAACAGUUUUCCAAUGAGGAGCCUGGAUAUUUGUCAAAUAUAAAAUCUGCAUCUAACUUCCUGUGCCUAAUUGUGCAAAGGCAUCUAGAAUCUUUACAUUUUUAUUGUAUCUAUCUGCAAAAACAAAGCAAACUUUGAAUCCCUUAGGUCAUGAUUUCAUCAAUUGCGUCCCCCUGUUCUAUCCCUGAUAUGGGGAUAGAAAAAAACUUUGUGUUGUGACAACUUUGUUCACAACACAAAGUGAAACUCUAAAUUCAGUGACAGGAUCUGACAGGUUACUAUUAUUUGUUAUUGUUUGGCCUGUGUAUGUUUCAAUGAGGAGAGGGCUCCUUGUGUAGCUUUUGGUAGUACAAUCACUAGUGCAUGCUGUGAAGUUUUUCACUACAUUUUUCUCCAACUUUGGCAAAUUGUAGUGACAUAUUGUCAUUUUGAAGUUACUACAGUUUCACUCUACAGGUCUAACACAUUUGACAUUGAAGUAAAUGUUCUGCCAUUUAUUCUUAUAGGGGAAAAUAGAUAAAAUGUUGGAAAUACUCAGCUGGUCAGGCCACAUCUGUGGGAACAGAAACAGAGUUAACGCUUCAGGCAGAGGGCAGCAGAAGUGUCAAGGAUAUAAGAGAGAAGGGAAUGGGCCUGGGGGAAAAAAGAACAAGACCAAGGUAGGACAAAUUAUAUUUGCUGAGGCAAAAACAAGCUGAAACAAUAAAUGGCCAUGGCAAUUAAGCUUGUGAGUUUUGGGCAGGAGAUAGAAGCAGGCUGUGGGCGGGACGGGAGUGGGGGCAGGUGGGGUGGGGGGCGGGGCGGAGGAGUGGCUGAGACACUGUCAGAUUAGAAGCUGUGGAGGGAAGAUUUCCUGAGGAAUUGAGGUCCAUGAUGUUCUGGGAGACCAUAGCCUGAUGUUCAUUGGCGAGGUCAUGAUCCACAGGGAAUAAUGACGGGUGUCUGGGAGCUGCCGUAUGUCCUCUGUGAAAUAGAGGUCAGUUUGCCAGACCGCAACAGCAACGCCCUUGUCGACGGUUUGAUGAAUAAUAUCGGGGUUGGUGUUUAGUGACUGGAGUGCUGCAAGUUUAAAAGGUUAGAGCGCAAUAAAAUUCCUAGGGCUAGAGCUGACAAGAAAUACUUAAAAAUAUAAAUAACUGGAUUAAUUAGACUUGCUAAGCCAUAAACAUCCUUCAGUUUAUUCAUGAUUUUCAAGGUUUAAAUUAAUUAUUUCCCCAGGUCAAUUUUUUAUAUAUUCACAUCCAAGGCCACCAUAGUUUGAAGAAGUUACAAAUUCAAGUUACAAAAUGUAAAUUUAAUCUUUGGACUUGUAAAUAAGUUUAUUGUGAAAGAAGUAGAAUGAAGCAUAUUGAAGACUGUGUGGUGUUGUUCUACAGUUUCAUUCCGUAAAACAAUAGUUCCAGCCAGAUAUUAGCUGUCAAAUGUAGCAGUAUGUCUAACCUCUCAGAUUCAGUGUUGGUAAAUCUGUCAGGGUGGAGUGCUUCAAACAUUGACAUUUAUAUUUUAGUUCGCAAAAUAUAUUUUCAUUAUUUAAUCAUUUCAAAUAUAGCUAGUUACAUUUUUGAUUAAAGAUAAUUAAGUUGGGGGUAUCUGCCAGAAUUCUUUACCACCCCGUGCAGAAACAUGUGCCUGCUUGAAAGAGGGCAGAUGGUGUGUUGGAAUUGGGGGCGAGAGUGGAAGAAUGGAGAGUGAGUAUGGUAGAAGUUGCUAAAUUAUGGUCAACAUUUGCUUAACCAGCUCACAUUUACUGUCUCAACUCAUACACAAAGAACGGAAAUUCAUCUAAGUUGCAGGAACAUGAUCAUACACUAAGAAGGAUCAGCGGCAUAAAAAUAAAAGGCAGAAUUGCAGACAACGUUUUUUUAAAAUAUGUUAUUAGGUUAUCAAUUCAUCUUUGGACUUGUCUACUAAACAUGUGAUAAUGCAGCAUUAUACUUUGCUUCUGAAUUUCUGAAUUGGAAGCAGAGUAUGAGGUAUAAUCACAAUAAUAUAAUUCGCCAAGAGUAUGUGACCAAAGGCAAAUUGUCACCCAAUUUUCUUUUCUCAAGAUUCCUUGUGUGAGGGCGCGCCCUGCUGUUUCUCCUUUAACAAUGCUCAUGCGAAGCCUGUCACAGGUCAGGUUAGUCUGUAGGGAACUCAAAGUACUCAGCUUUCCUCUCAUUGCCCAGCUGCGGUUAGGAAUUUAGCAUGAGGUUGCGCACAGCUGUCCAGCAGCCAACCUUUCGCUCGUUAAAAUACAUGACAAAUAUUACAGUAUUGUUAAUAUUGAAAGAUUCUGAAAAUUGUCUUUAGGAAUAGAAAAGGCAAUAAGAUUGAUAGAUUUGUGGCGAAGCUCCGAUAAUGUAGUUCAUUUAUAAGCAUUUUUCAGCUGAUCGAUUUUAUUGUUAAAUAAAUCCGGUGAGGUGAAAAUAUACAUUUGGUAGGUAUAGUUUAAUACUGCUUGGAAAAUGAUUUUUUAAUGUCAAUAGUUGAUGUGCUGCACCUUUAAAUGGAAUUCCUAAUACUGCAUAUAAAUUUAAUUUCAUGUUUUUGACUGAAUGAAUUCUGUGAUAUUAACAUUUUUCAUCAUCCAUAAGAAAUCAAUAAUGUAUUUUUUCAUAUGUCAUGUUCUUAGAGUGAAUAGACAGACAUGCAUGGUUGUUUCCACUCAAAACAUCUUAACUACUUGUCAUUCAAACAAUUGAUGUCCUUUAGAUGGGAAUGUUACUUUGUCUUUUAUUCCUACAACAAAUACAGGAUCACAGUACAGAAUUGUACAUUUGUAAGUAACAUACUUUUGUAAAUACUAGUUUGACACUAAGCUGUUCUAUUUUGUAUAUUAUCUAAUGUGAGUUGGCUGUUUAAACUGGGAAUAUUCAGUUCUGACAGAUUUUCAGUUCUGUCUAACUUGCUUUUGCACACUUUGCUCUCUGUCUUCAUCUCUUUCUUAAUUACUCCUGGAUUAUUUUCCCACGCACAGGAAGAUUUCAAAAAUGUCAACACCUGCUGCAAAUUUCUUUCAAAUGAGUCUUAAAAACUUGGCACGCUGUGACUGCUAACAUCAUUAUCUACCAGGCAGUAAAAAGGAAAUACACUGAUUCAGCGCAUAUUGCAAAUGGCUAUGUUUUCUCUUAACAUUGAAACAACUUAUUUCACUCGCCUGUAAAAUAAUUUGAUUUAUAUUAGCUUCUGGACCUUUUAUAUACUCUCAUAUAUAUUGGCAGGUCAUGAUUUACUCUAAGAAUGAAAAAUGAUUUCAGAAUCAUUUCUGUAUAUUGCAAUUUGUUUACAUCACAACUUGAUCUUAUAACAAUACUUCAGCACAAUUAAAUAUUGAAGUAUUAAUCAUAGAGUUGUAAUUAUAAAUGUGCACUUAUUAUCUGUAAUUUUGUUACCCCAUAGGGUGUAAUAACACAAUAAGACAGAAAUCACUAUUGGAUCCCUGGGUGUUCAAUACUUUUCAAGCUUGAUGUAGCAGCUUUGACAUUACAGUAAAUCCAAAGCAUCUCUUUCUUAGCCUAAGAGAUCAGGGAUAGUUCUUUCUUAAAGUCAUUCAUUUGUAUAACUGUAAUGGAUAAUCAACUUAAAGCUUUACCUCAGAACAGCAUGUUCAAUUGGCUGCAUUUGUACGGAAUAAGUUAUCGUUACUAAGGUUGUCUUAAUUGUACUUUUAUUUCUAUUGGCAUUGUGUAAGUCGUACAGAUGUUAUCAAGUAAAAAAGAAAGCAGAAAGCAUAAGCAUAGAUUACCGUAAAUUACAGAAACUAAUUUGCAACCAUUCAGUUGAUAAGUCUUGGCCACAUUCAUUGAGGCCUUUACUUGCUGACUAAAUUUUGGGAUAGAUAAGAAACUGUAACUGGGUCAGAAUCAGAACCAUGGAUUCAUUAGGGGCAGAGAAUGAUCCACAUCCACCCAAACUGUGAAGCCCAGAUAUUUUCAAUCCAUAAGCCUUAUUGACUUGUCCUGAAAUUGAUUUCUAUUUUCCUCUGGCUGGAAUGAUGUCACAAUAGUGGAAGGGAUAUAAGAUAAGGGUGAGUUUGGGAACUAGGAGAAAGAUCCAUUAGCAAUGUUAGCAGGGCAGCACUGCAGCGCAGCUGGUAAAGCUGCUGUCUCACAGCGCCAGAGACCCAAGUUUGAUACUGACCUUAGGAGCUAUCUGUGUGAAGUUUGCAUGUUCUCACUGUGACUGUGUGGGUUUCCUCCAGGUGCUCUGGCUUCCUCCCAUAUCCCAAGAUGUGUGGGUUUUGUAAGUUAAUUAGCCUAGAGUGUUGGGGGUGACACGAAAAUGGACAUGUGGACUCAAAUGGCCUGUGUGGUCUCAAAUGGCCUGUUUCCAUGCUGUAUAUUUCAAUCAAAAAUAACUAAUAUGGGUAGACAUGUCAAUGAUCAUGUAGAGGAGAGACUCAAGCUAACCUUCAGUGUCUCUCCUGCCCAACAAAGGUUACUUAAAAAUGAAUGAAUGGAGAAUUCUGUUGCCUAAAUCUGUAUCACUGCAAGGGAUGAUGCAGAUGCUGGAAAAAUCGAAGGUAGACAAAAAGCUGGAGAAGCUCAGCGGGUGAGGCAACAUCUAUGGAGCGAAGGAAUAGGCGAUGUUUCGGGUCAAAAAUGUUAUGGUCACUGGAAUUUGUUCAGGAAAUAAUGCAAAGUUCCCAUGUUUCCAGACCCUGAAUAUUGAUCCUCAACACCCUUAAAAUCUUGGGAUACGUUGAGAUCAUGAAAGCCCUUUUUGUUCGUUAAAUAAUUAGACAAGACUGCCUGACUGCAGAGAAAUAGUUCCUUCUACGAGAUAAAUUAUUGCUGAAUAUUUCUAUUUGACACAAAACUUAAACAGGAAUAGGCUCAAGUAAGGUAAUUUAUAGGGUGGCUGAUAAAAAUAAACAAACGUUAUGCUGAAGUUUAUGCAUUUACAAGUACUUCCCAUUGCAAUGAUUCAAUUGCAACAAACUUAGUGUGAACAGAGAAAAUUAAAUGAUAAAAUGUACGGUUAAACAUAAAUGGGACCAGAAAUCAAUGUAAGUUAUAUUCCAGGUAAAAUAUUGUUCUUCAAUGACCAAAUAAAAUGAAUGUCAUAGAACCACCGGUAAAUGGUUUUUACCUAGCAUAGGGUUCAUUUUUUGCUUCGAAGGUAAAAAAUUAAAAGUAAUGAAAACAUGAAAAAUUAACAUGUCCUGUGGAAGUUAAGUACUGUAUAUGGUACUCUAACCACUACAUAAUUUAAUGGAGAGCACUAGUCAUGCUUUCUGUGAAAGCUUUUAAAGUCAUAAAAUUUGCCCGUUAGUUUAUAUGGUCUUCGACACAAUGUUACAUUAAACACAUCAAGGUUUCUUUUGUUGAAUUGUAAUGUCAAUGUAACUCCUGGUGUACCUCUUGCAACAGAUUUGCUGUAGGUAAACCUUGUGGUCGGUUGCAACAUAUAUCAAGCAAUUUAUGAAUUUAGUUAUAACAAAAUGGCAAGAGUUUUAACUGAAGCAUCAUGUGCCUGAUGUCAGUUGGGUGCAUUGUUUAGUAAGUCAAGUGUGUUAUAAGUUAAAUGCAAAUUUAUUAUUUAUAUGUGCCUUUGAUUUAUGUCACAAAGUAUUUAAGUUAUUGAUUAAUUUAACUUUUAAUUGUUGUUUAUGGCACGGCUGCCAUUUUCACCUGUGCAUCAUUGAGGGAAUGGUGGUCGUUCACAAAUAUUUGAUACAAAGUAAUAUUAUUGAUGGUAGUUUUUAUUUCAAAAGUUUGUUUCAGGCAUUGAACAUACACUUUUGCUAAUUUCUUUUCAACUAUUAAAAUCCAUUGUAUGGCACUGUGACUAGACCAUGUUUAGUCAAUUUUAUGUAAGCAGCUUUAAUGUUGCAACCAUCUGUUGAGCCAAGAAGGAAUAUAUUGUGCUCAACAGCCCCUUCCGAAAUACGUACAUACAGUCUUAAUCUGGUUUUUUAGAUAUCCACAUGGAGCUUUUAAAAGUAAAGCCAAAAUAUUCAAAGCCACAUCACAAAUGUCAAAUCAUGCCUGAUGUGGUGGCAGUAAUGCAUUUACAAAUGACAAAAUGAUCAAAAUCUGUUUUUUCCUAAUGUGCUGUAAGAGGUAUACUAUUAUAAAGGGGAACUAGCCCAGCAUUAAAUGUUUCAAACUGCACUGUGGAUUUUGUAAGCGUCAUAACUUCUGUAUAUUUCACUGUACACAUUAUUUGUUUAUAUGUAAGUAAUGUAUGUACUGAGACUGCAUUCCAGUAAUAAAUGCUUAUGUAAUAUUCCCCAAA